CUGAUUGGUCAACAUGAAUCUGAAUUUUAGCCACUUCGCCAGGUUUAUGUUACAGAUGCACUAAUGUGCAUUGCCAACUUGGAAGUAGUAUUGAAGGGACCUUCGGUGUUUUAUAUUCUUUAUGUGCCGAUGAAGAUGCAUAUUUUACAAUGAUUUUUACAAAUGAGGAAUCAGAUAAUUUACGUUUUGUGUUCGACCGUUUCCGUAUUUAGAUGUAGAAGGAAGUAAAGCUUGCAGUGUCGAGCAGUGUGAAGUUCAGCUACUAAAGUAUGCGUGGAAUUCAGUGUACAAUUAUGCUGGUGAUCGCAACUUUACUGCUUUUAAAUGCCUUGCGUGUGGAAGCCAAACCGCCUCCAAAUAUAGUUUUCAUACUUGCUGACGAUUUCGGGUGGAAUGACGUUGGAUAUCACGGAUCCGAAAUCAAGACCCCGAACUUGGACAGUCUGUCAGCCAAAGGCGUUCGGCUAGAAAAUUAUUACGUGCAGCCCCUCUGCACACCGUCCAGAAACCAGCUGAUGACGGGAAGAUAUCAGAACCAGUUUGCAUGUCAGGUCCACACAGGGAUGCAGCACCAGAUCAUAUGGCCUUGCCAGCCAUACUGCGUUCCUCUGGGAGAGAAGAUGCUACCGCAGCUGAUGAGGGACGCGGGCUACGCUACACACAUGGUGGGCAAAUGGCACCUGGGCAUGUACAAGAAAGACUGCCUGCCUACCCGUCGCGGCUUCGACUCCUACUUUGGCUACCUGACAGGCUCAGAGCAAUACUACACACACCAGCGGUGCCAUUUCAUCACACCUCUGAAUCUUACACGUUGCGCUCUGGACCUGAGAGAGGGAGAGGAGGUGGCUUCUGGCUACAGUGGUAUUUACUCCACUGAGCUCUUUGCCCAGAGAGCAGCCAGCAUCAUACAGCAGCACAAAGUGAAUAAGCCGCUCUUCCUGUACGUGGCUCUGCAGGCGGUCCACUCUCCGCUGGAGGUGCCCCAGCGCUAUAUUUCCCCCUACGGGUUCAUAAAGGACAAGCAGCGCAGGGUGUAUGCUGGCAUGGUGUCUGCCAUGGACGAGGCCGUGGGGAACAUCAGCAGGGCUUUGCAGGACGUUGGACUGUGGAACAACACUGUACUGAUCUUCUCUACAGAUAAUGGUGGGCAAACUCUUGAAGGGGGCAACAAUUGGCCUCUCCGAGGCAGGAAGUGGUCACUGUGGGAGGGAGGAGUCAGGGGUGUGGGUUUUGUGACUGGUCCAUUGGUGGAGCAGCCUGGAAACACUAAUGGAGAGCUGAUCCACAUUUCUGAUUGGCUGCCUACACUUGUCAAUCUGGCUGGUGGAUCAACCAAUGGCACAAAGCAACUGGAUGGAUUUAAUGUGUGGGACACCAUCAGCAAAGGGAAAGCCUCUCCUAGACUGGAGUUGUUACACAACAUUGACCCUCUGUACAACGACAUUGCACCAUGUACUGCAGACAACACUGGCUCUGAGCAGAAAAUUCUAAAUUCGCUGAGGCGUGUCUCUUUGGGUCCACAUCAAGACUUGCACCCAUCCUUCAACGUUUCCAUACAUGCUGCCAUUCGUUAUGGCAACUGGAAACUUCUGACAGGCUACCCAGGUUGUCCCCUGUGGUUCCCGCCUCCAGGUGUGGUCCAGGAAGGAGCGCCUUCCACACCUGCGCCUCUCAAACAGGUGAUGCUGUUCAACAUCAACCGCGACCCCGAGGAGAGGCACGAGCUCUCCGCGCAGCACCCCAAUGUGGUCAACCUGCUGCUGAAGCGUUUGGAGCACUACCAGAAGGAGGCGCUGCCCAUCACCUUCCCCCCCGACGACCCUGGGUGCGACCCUGAGCGCACGGGAGCAUGGGGCCCCUGGGACUGAGGAGGAGGAGUGUGGUUGCGCUGACACCACAGUUACUGAUUCGGUUUGAUCUCAGUCAAAUCUCUUAAAGAAUAAUGAGAAAAUCCUUGUCUGUAACAUUCAUCCGUUGAGGGGUCACAUGGGUCUUAGAAGUAGAGGUGCACUCUUCUAAUGAUUAAUGAUGGUGGUGCGGGAGAAAUCAUGGAAAACUCAGGGAGGCAGCAAUUUGUGUGUGUGUGUGUGUGUGUGUGUGUGUGUGUGUGUGUGUGUGUGUGUGUGCGUGUGCGUGUGUGUGCUCAAGCACAUUAUCGAAUCAGUUUUACACCUUGUUUGACUAAUGGUGGAGUAGAGCAGGUCUGUAUUAUCAGUAUGGCAUGUACAGCAGGUCUGUAUUAUAAGUGGCAUAUAGAGCAGGUCUAUUUUACCAGUAUGGCAUAUAGAGCAGGUCUAUAGUAUCAGUAUGGCAUAUAGAGCAGGUCAACAUCUGGUUCAGCCUGCUCUACUUGACAGCUUUAGAGAAACAGCUUUACCGUGACAGUGUCACUGUUAAUGGCUUUAACAGGAAAACAGGACCGACUUGCCAAAAUUAGCAUGUAAUACCAGCUCCGGCCCUGAGGCAGUCAGAUAUCAGAAUCAGUACUAUCCGGCUGUUAUAUGAUCGUGUUCGCUCUUCUGCUGUGAAAUAAAUGUUAUGAUCUGUUUGCACCGA